GUCGAGGCUAGUCUGUACGCGAGAUCUAUGACUUUUACCUUGAAAUUUUGUAAUCUCUGCUGCAAUUUCGUUGGAAAUGGAUGGCAGGCCCUUUUCUAAUAUAGCAAAAAGGACAGCUAGAGCGUUUUGUGUAGCUCUAUGUGCACGCUCAGCUCUGAAGCUACUCAAACGGCUGCCCUCUAGACCGUUAUUGCGGCUAAGUGUUUCAGAUCUAUUAGACGGCAGGCCUACUACCGACGAUUGUCGCUUUCCACUCUUUCUUAGUUUCUACUCAGCGUCAUACCAAAUCAUCGAUAAGCUGUUGCACUUUUGCAGAAGGACACGGGAUGGUUGUAAUGCUAUUGUUGCAGCUUCUCUUGCUGGCCCUUCCAUCAUUCUGUUGGAUAGUUCAGAUGGACACACCAUUGUACUGUUUGCAUUAGCCAGAAGUCUAGAAGCUUUGUUCAACACAAGUAUAAAGCGUGGAUAUCUCAAACAGCUGCCAUUUGGUACUCUUAUACUUUUUUCUGUGUGCCACUGCAUUGUUUGUUGUGCCGUUCUUCGGAAGCCUAACCUCUUACCAAAAAGCUACUAUAAAGCUCUUCUGAAGUAUUCUGAAUGUUUUGAUGAUAACAUUGCUUCAGUAAUGUUUCGACAGUCUACAUAUGUGCCAUGUGAAAGAAUUCUUCAUAAAGGCAUGAGUUGCUGGCAACAUAUAACCUACACUGCAAUACGAAUUUUUGCUCAGUUUGUCAAGUUCUACUCUGUCCUCUAUGGUGUGGGGGUCAUAAUGCAACCUAAAAUAUUAAGAAAACCCGUUUCUACAUUCAAGACGCUUGCACGUAAUGUUCUCAAUUCUGCUUUAUUUUUUUCUGUGGAUGCAAGUGUAUUCAUGGGAUUGGUGUGUGUCCUCAGGAAGGCUGUAGGUACAGCACCCUUACCGGUAAGCGUUGCUGUCAUCAGCAGCACUCUGGCGUCUUUUGCGCUACUUAUAGAACGACCUUCCAGACGUCUGGAGCUAACCAUGUUUAUGGUACACCAUACGCUACACAUUAUUCACUCGUGGCUGAAUGACCUACGCCUUAUCAGGCAAGCUGGUAGCUCACUGAAACGCUUGACAAAGGUUUUAGUUUUCUGUUUAUCAAUGAUGCCCAUAAUGCACGCAUAUGAGAGGGAGAGGAGCUGUAACUCUUCAUUGAUGAAUGGUGUCUUGUCAUUUGUGGUGUGAUAAAGUACUAGACCGGCUGCAAUAUUUUUUCAUGUAUUUAUAUAUAUGUUGGUUGUCUGAGAUUUACAAGUCUGCUUUUCAUACAGCAGUGCAGCUUGAGUGAAUUUGGUUGCAUCUCAUUGAUAGUAUUACUGCUUUUGCAUUUCUGUUUGGCACUGCUGUACUAUCAUGUGCACGUGCGAGAUUUCCUCUGAUGGGUUUCAAAAUUGAUAUCAAAUCAAA